AUGGCGAAGCUAUCUACAUUCCUGUAUAUUGCCAUUUUGGCCAUGGCAUUUUUUGCUGUAGUUAACUGUACUGAAAACGAUCAAGACGAAAAUAAUGAUCAGGAUUCGAGUCAAAAUAAUAAAGAAGUGUCUGACCAACAGGACCAGGCCUCUGUUAACGUAACAGUUGACAAUAAACCCACUGGUAAUAUAACAGGGCCCGUUAACGCAACAGAUGACAAUAAACCCGCUGGCCCCGUUAACGCAACAGCUGACGAUAAACCCGCUGGUAAUACAGCAGGCCCCGUUAACGUAACAGUUGUCAAUGCACCCGCUUGUAAUUCAACAGGCCCCGUUAACGCAACAGAUGGCAAUAAACCCGCUGGCCCCGUUAACGCAACAGCUGACGAUAAACCCGCUGGCCCCGUUAACGCAACAGCUGACGAUAAACCCGCUGGUAAUACAGCAGGCCCCGUCAACGUAACAGUUGUCAAUGCACCCGCUUGUAAUUCAACAGGCCCCGUUAACGCAACAGCUGACAAUAAACCCGCUGGUAAUAUAACAGGCCCCGUUAACGCAACAGAUGACAGUAAACCCGCCGGCCCCGUUAACGCAACAGCUGACGAUAAACCCGCUGGUAAUACAGCAGGCCCCGUUAACGCAACAGUUGACCCAUCAGCUAGUGAUGAAGUUGGCAAAGGAUGUGGACGUGGUAAUGGAAAAGGAGGAAUUAUUCCACUUGUAUUGACUGUAUUGGGUAACGCGAAACCCGCUGGUAAUACAGCAGGCCCCGUUAACGUAACAGUUGUCAAUGCACCCGCUUGUAAUUCAACAGGCCCCGUUAACGCAACAAAUGACAAUAAACCAGCUGGCCCCGUUAACGCAACAGCUGACGAUAAACCCGCUGGUAAUACAGCAGGCCCGUUAACGCAACAGUUGACUCAUCAGCUAGUGAAGAAGUUGGCAAAGGAUGUGGACGUGGUAAUGGAAAAGGAGGAUUUUUUUCAUUUGUAUGGACUGGAUUGGGUAAACCGAAGGAAGAAAUAA